AUGGAAUUAUCGUUAAAAAAUGUUGGUGUUGAAUCUGAAUGUGGAAAACUUGAUAUUGUUAUAAUGCAUCGACCAGGUGAUGAACUUCUUCGUCUUAAUAAUGAUAACAUUGAAACACUCCUUUUCGAUAAUAUUCCUAAUUUGAAUGAAAGUCAACAAUCACACGAUAUAUUUACAAAAUAUUUACGUGAUAAUGGAACACAUGUUUUAUACAUAAGAGAACUGCUUGAAGAAACUCUAGUUUCUAGUAAACAAGCUUGUCAAACAUUGAUUGAUGGAAUUGUUGCUCAUUCUUCUUUAAACUAUUCUUAUCAAUCAUCACAAGCAAAAUUGUUUCUUUAUCAAUGGUUAUAUGAACGAACACCUGUUCAACUCGUCGAUGACAUAAUUCGUGGUGUUACUUGUUCACUAAAUCAAUUAGGAAUAUCAAAGUCUGCUAAAACUCUUCUAAAAAUAUGUGAUAAAAGUAUAAAUGAAUUUAUUAUACCACCAUUACCUAAUUUAUUAUUUACUCGUGAUGCUUUUUCUAUAAUUGAAAAAAAUGUUUUUAUUUGGAAAAUGGCUAAACACGCUAGACAAAAUGAACCAUUAAUAUAUCGUGUUAUAUUCAAAUAUCAUCCUUAUCUAUCAAUAUCAGAUCUAAAUUUAAUUGAGUGGGAAAAUCAAUGUUAUAAUGAUGAAAAAGUGUCUGCUGAAGGUGGUGACAUAGCUUAUCUUGGUAAUGGUAUUUUACUUAUUGGUUGUAGUGAAAGAACAAAUCGAGCAGGUAUUGAAUCAAUUGCUCUCACUGAUAUAUUUCAGCGUAUCAUUGUUGUCACUUUACCUGCACAAAGAGAAUUUAUGCAUCUCGAUACUAUUAUCAGUUCGAUAAAUCCUCAUGCAUUUACAUUGCAUAGUGCAUUAAACAAUUCUAUGCAAGUUUUUACUGUUGAAAUUAAAGAUAAGAAUAACAAAUUUGUUGAAAAACCAAAAUGGAUUUCACAUGGAUUUGAUGUUCGUCAAUCUCUUCGAUAUCUUCUCAACAAACCAGAUCUAAUAUUUUAUGAUGCUUUAGAUAAAAUAACAUCUGUUAAAGAACAACGUGAUUGUUGUUUAAAUGUUUUAUCAAUCGACGAAUAUCAUAUAGUCACCUAUGCGGAUGGAGAUUCUAAUAGAGGUAUUGUAGCAGCAAUUAAACACAAUGAUACAACAUGUAAAAUAGGAUUAAUUCCUACGAAAGGUCUCUUAGAAGGAGGUGGUGGGACACACUGCAUGACCAAUGCUUUACGUCGACACCGAUCUUUAAAAUAUUAA